AUGAUGCGUUCUAUUUUUCAGUCUGUGUGGGCUAUUCUUAUGCUGGUCGCCGUUGCUCAGGCCCAGUUCAACUUCUUCGAACAGAUGUUUGGGGGCAACCAACAACAGCAAGGCCACCACCAGGGCGCUCAGGACGUCCCCAGUGACAGCGGUCGGUACCAGAACUCAUGGAGCCAAGCUCAAUGCAGCAAAUAUCUUUGCCCUGGUACCCUCGCCUGCGUUAGCGUCCCGCAUCAUUGUCCAUGCCCACACCCCGAUGUCGAAGAAAAGGUUGAGCUCGGAGAAGGCAGUGCGAUUUGCGUUUCCAAAGGAGGAUUCAAAGCGGGGGAGGCUGCACGGAAGAUUGAACUGGCUCGCAAGGGACUGCUGUGA